AUGUUAAGUAAUAUCGUUAGAAGUUCAUCAAAAUUAUAUAAAACAACUGGUGUUGUUGGUCAAAGAUUCCACUCUACAACAAACGAAGAUAUAAAGUUAAAGACUAGAGUGCCUAUCUUCAGACCAAACGAAGCACAGGAACAUAUCGCACUCGGAAAACUCAAGGAAUCCGACCAUUCCGUUGCCCUCUACAAUUUAGAAUUCAUCUCAAUCGACCACAUUGUAAAUUUGAACUCAGAACAAUUGACCAGACUGGUUGUUAUCCCCAAAGGAGAUAAAUUAACAGUUGAAGCUAGAAUCGAAAAGUUAGAGAAUGAAGUUGCUAGAUAUAAACAACUAUUGGAUAGAUUGACUCCGGGUGCUUCAUCGACUUCAUCAAGCCAGUCUACCUCGUCGACCAUCUACUCACCACCACCUCAAAAAGAUAAAUUAUAA